CAGACGCAAAUUGAACGCGUCGAUGUGUUAGUAGAGUGUAGAGUCAGUCUUGUUGUACAUACAGUAUUCACGAAAUGUGCUCAGGAACCCUAUGUGCUGAAACCGUGUAAUAAUAUAAUACAACACAGACUUGCGCCUCGACCAGAGUAAUAAUAGAACUUGUGAACUCUUGUGUGUAUCGCUUAUACUUUACUUCGUCGAGUGUCGUAACAUGGGACUGACUGUACACAUUCCGCAUGAAAUCUGGAUGUCUGCGAUGUUUUCUUCUUCUUCGUACCUUAUUACCACUUCACAUUCACGGUUGUCUAGUGCACAUGCAUCUAUCGCUCAAAAUCUGACCAUUGGAGAUUUUAUAUUCAGUUAAAAAGUGCUGUGUUAGUGCGCUCGAUCGGUGAACCUUUUUCUGUGAAUGUCCGUCGUUGAUAGCAACAAUGUCGGUUGUGUCUGUGCAGUGCUAAGUGUCGUUUUGCGAUUACAAAAUCCAUCUUUAACAAUUUGUAUACAAACUGAUAAAUGUCUAUUGUGCCGUGCCGUGUUCGGUAUGCUACAUCUUCAAGAGUUUCUACUGACAUAGGGCGUGGUGAUGUUAUGACGAUUCGUUCGUUGCAGAUGUCCGCCGGUUCGCAACUGCAGAUGGCGCCUCAAGCGACUGCACACACGGGACAACAGACGGUCCAUAGUCAGGACUCUAACAUGAGCACCGGCUCGUCACAUAGCGACAAGGAAGCCGAAUUAACGCCCGAAAAACUGCCUCGAGCGCCUAGCGAGCGAAAACGCAAGCGGAAGCUGGAUGACAGCGGAGCACAAAACUCUAACUCUAUUGUGACGUCGGCGGGCGGCGUUGUAGGACCUCUGGUUGUGUCAGGUGGCAUUAUCCCCAUCGCCUCACAACCGCUGGUCGGACAGCCGCUAACGGGAGUCACUAAAGGAUCUAGGGGCCAAAAUAAUGAUAACAAGAAAAUCAACGAAUACUUCCAAAAACAUCCCGGUAGCAGUCCGAUUAGGCAGCAUACGCCGGGCGCCAAGAGUCCCUCGCCACAACAAGCCUAUCCAAUGUUUCCUCCAAGUCCGCAACCGUUGCUGCCUUCAGGAGUUCCUGGACCACCAGAUUUUUAUAAAUCUGCUCCUGGGCGGCCUCAAUCUAUCCCAAAUCUUGCAGUAUCUGCAAUGCCUCCAAUGGCACCCAAAUUAAUACAGACUGAUUUAACUUGUCAUCGAAUACAGGAAUUUGAGACGCAAACUUCUACGGACUUGGAAGCUCGUAACAAUAAAAUUGAAGAUCAGAAUAGGACCAUAGAAGAGCAGAAACAACAAAUUGUAACUCUGCAAAAGGCUUUAGAACAACAUAAGUCGCACAGUAAUAAAUGUGUUGAUGUUGUCAAAAAAUUAUUAAAAGAAAAGUCAAAUAUAGAAAAGAAAGAAGCGAGACAAAGGUGCAUGCAAAACAGGUUAAGGUUAGGACAAUUUGUGACACAAAGGGUUGGUGCUACAUUUCAAGAAAACUGGACGGACGGCUAUGCUUUUCAAGAAUUGCAAAGGCGGCAAGAAGAAAUAACGGCAGAGCGGGAAGAAAUAGAUAGGCAAAAGAAAUUAUUGUCAAAAAAGCGACCUCCAAAUACUGACACUAGUCGAAAGAGACAUAAUUCAUCUACAACUGCAGCAAAUUUACAACAAACCUCCGCAGGAUUAUUAAAUGGUAGUGAAUCUCAGUCACAAAAUCAAUUUCUGAAACCAGACCCUGUACCAGGAGGAUUCUCUUGGCAGGAAUAUUAUGAAAGCGAUGAGAUCCUCAAAGUGAGUCGCGCGUUAAGACAAAGUGCUCUCAAAAAAGAAGAUGCUGAUCUUCAAUUAGAAAUGGAAAAGUUGGAAAGAGAAAGAAAUUUACACAUUCGUGAACUCAAGCGUAUUCAUAAUGAAGAUCAAUCGCGUUUCAACUCUCAUCCCGUACUCAAUGAAAGAUAUUUAUUGUUGAUGUUAUUAGGAAAAGGUGGAUUUUCAGAAGUACACAAAGCAUUUGACCUUAAAGAACAAAGAUAUGUUGCAUGUAAAGUUCACCAAUUGAAUAAAGACUGGAAGGAAGAUAAGAAAGCCAAUUACAUAAAGCAUGCACUUCGGGAAUAUAAUAUUCAUAAGGCCUUAGAUCAUCCAAGGGUUGUUAAAUUAUAUGAUGUUUUUGAAAUAGAUGCCAAUUCAUUUUGUACUGUGUUGGAAUACUGUGAUGGUCAUGAUUUAGAUUUUUAUUUGAAACAGCACAAGACUAUACCAGAAAGGGAAGCUCGAUCAAUAGUCAUGCAAGUAGUUUCGGCAUUAAAAUAUUUGAAUGAAAUCAAGCCGCCUGUAAUACAUUAUGAUUUAAAACCUGGAAACAUUCUAUUAACGGAAGGUAAUGUCUGUGGUGAAAUCAAAAUUACUGAUUUUGGUUUAUCUAAAGUCAUGGAUGAAGAAAAUUACAAUCCAGAUCAUGGGAUGGAUCUAACAUCUCAAGGAGCUGGAACAUACUGGUAUUUACCUCCUGAAUGUUUUGUUGUUGGCAAAAAUCCUCCUAAAAUAUCAUCAAAGGUCGACGUCUGGAGUGUAGGUGUAAUAUUUUAUCAAUGUCUUUAUGGAAAGAAGCCAUUUGGACACAAUCAAUCACAAGCUACAAUUUUAGAAGAAAAUACUAUACUUAAGGCGACUGAUGUUCAAUUUGCAAACAAACCCACUGUGACGCAAGAAGCAAAGAGUUUUAUUCGGGGUUGUUUAUCAUAUAGUAAAGAGAGUAGGAUGGAUGUGCUGUCAUUAUCAAGACAUGAAUAUCUGCAACCACCAGUGCCAAAGCAUGGACGACAGGCACAAGUUUCACAACAAGCGCAGCAGGCCCAAGCGCAAGCUCAACAGAGCUUGCAACAUGGACAAACUACUUUCAAUGCGGGAAUGUUUGGCAACAUGAAUGCUUCGAGUUCAUCUUAGAAGUCGAAAGGGAUUCAUUGCUGAUAGUCAUAAAAUUCUCCCAAAAGUAGUGUCAACUUGUUAUCAUACUGUUAUAAUGUAUGUGGAGUACAUUUAGCUGAAAGUGCGAUUUUUGUGAUUCUUUAAUAAAACUAAUGAAAUGGAUACUAGUGCUAUGAAUAUUGGUGUGCGGUGGUGUUUUAUCAAAUCGACAAAAUUUGUUCCUGUUUUUAUUAGAAGGCUGUCUGAAAUGAUAGCUUAUGUUGAAAAAAUUGUGAUAAUCAAUAUAGCGUUGCUUUACUGAUGAAAUGUAAUGUUUACAUCUCAUUUUGCAGUGACUAACUUUUGGAAUAUUGUAAGUUCAUAUUAAGGAACAGAGAAAGAUUGAUAUCUUUAUCAUAUCCUGAAGAUGUGUUUGAGUGAAUGAAUUAUUUAUAUUUGAGGACUCUGUGGAAUAGUAAUAUAACUAAGAAAAACGCUCAACCAUAGUGUGCUUGCUUAAUAUUAAUUAAUUUAAACAUGAAAUAAAGAAAAGACUUUAUAAUUGUUAUGAUCAG